UUAGCCAGAAUGGGUCUCAAAUGAAUUGCAGUAACAAGUCAUGCUUUUCUAUUCAUUUUUUUAAGAGAAAAUAACCAACCCUUGAAAAACUGGCAAUGUAAGAGGAUGGUGUUUGCUCUCUAGAUAAUUGAAGGGGCAAUCACAAGAAGAAAAGAGAAAAGGAUUUCAGGAGAAACAAUAUCUGGAAUCAUUAACCAAUGGCAACAGGAAUCCAAGGAUAAAGUGAUUUCCCUCCUGUUAACUCACCUGCCUUUGCUGAAGCCAGGAAACCUCGACGCAAAAGUAGAGUAUAUGAAACUGCUGCCCAAGAUCCUGGCGCACUCUAUCGAACACAACCAGCACAUCGAGGAGAGCAGGCAGCUGCUGUCCUAUGCGUUGAUACAUCCGGCCACCUCGUUGGAAGACCGCAGUGCUUUAGCCAUGUGGCUGAAUCACUUGGAGGACCGCACGUCCACCAGCUUCGGUGGCCAGAACCGAGGCCGCUCGGACUCUGUGGAUUAUGGGCAGACACACUACUAUCACCAAAGACAGAACUCCGACGACAAGCUCAACGGGUGGCAGAACUCUCGGGAUUCUGGGAUUUGCAUCAACGCCUCCAACUGGCAGGACAAAAGUCUGGGGUGCGAGAACGGCCAUGUGCCCCUCUACUCCUCCUCAUCCGUCCCCACCACAAUCAAUACGAUCGGAACCAGCACAAGUACAAUUCUCUCAGGCCAGGCACACCACAGCCCUUUGAAACGAUCUGUGUCCCUUACCCCACCCAUGAAUGUGCCAAACCAGCCUCUAGGACAUGGAUGGAUGUCUCAUGAGGACUUGCGAGCUAGAGGACCCCAGUGCCUCCCAUCCGAUCAUGCCCCCCUGUCUCCACAAAGCAGUGUAGCCUCUUCAGGAAGUGGUGGGAGUGAACACUUAGAAGAUCAGACCACUGCUCGUAACACAUUCCAAGAAGAAGGUAGUGGUAUGAAAGAUGUUCCAGCCUGGUUAAAAAGCCUCCGCCUUCACAAGUACGCUGCGCUGUUCUCCCAGAUGACCUACGAGGAGAUGAUGGCCCUCACCGAGUGCCAGCUGGAGGCUCAGAAUGUUACCAAAGGUGCAAGGCACAAAAUUGUCAUCAGUAUUCAGAAGCUCAAAGAAAGACAAAACCUCCUGAAGUCUUUGGAAAGGGACAUCAUCGAGGGGGGCAGCCUUCGCAUCCCACUCCAGGAGCUGCACCAGAUGAUCCUGACUCCUAUCAAGGCCUACAGCUCCCCGAGCGCCACCCCCGAGGCUCGCCGCCGGGAGCCCCAGGCCCCACACCCGGCUUCGCUCAUGGGCCCCGAGAGCCAGAGCCCCGACUGCAAAGACAGUGCUGCGGCCCCGGGUGCCACAGCCACCACCUCAGCGGGCGCCAGCGGCGGGCUCCAGCCACACCAUCUGAGCAGCUGUGACGGGGAGCUGGCUGUCGCCCCCCUGCCGGAGGGGGACCUCCCCGGGCAGUUCACGCGUGUCAUGGGGAAAGUGUGCACACAGCUCUUGGUCUCCAGACCCGAUGAGGAGAAUAUAAGUUCCUAUUUACAGCUCAUAGACAAGUGUCUAAUUCAUGAGGCAUUUACAGAGACGCAGAAAAAAAGAUUGUUGUCAUGGAAACAGCAGGUGCAGAAGCUCUUUCGGUCUUUCCCUCGGAAAACCCUUCUAGACAUAUCAGGAUAUCGACAGCAAAGAAAUCGCGGCUUUGGGCAGUCCAACUCCCUCCCGACGGCCGGCUCUGUGGGCGGCGGCAUGGGCAGACGGAACCCACGCCAGUACCAGAUCCCUUCUCGGAACGUCCCUUCUGCCCGCCUGGGCCUCUUGGGCACCAGCGGGUUCGUCAGCUCCACCCAGCGCAACACCACAGCCAACCCCACCAUCAUGAAACAAGGAAGACAGGUUUGUUCUGCACCGGAGAGGAGGGUGGGCAGCCAAGCUCAGCGCCCGAGGCUGCAGGAUGUUUCCCCAGAUGACCCCAAGAACCUCUGGUUUGCCAACCCCGGGGGCAGCAACAGCAUGCCAAGCCGCACCCACAGCUCCGUGCAGAGGACCCGCUCGCUGCCCGUGCACACUUCCCCCCAGAACAUGCUGAUGUUCCAGCAGCCAGAAUUCCAGCUUCCCGUGACUGAACCUGACAUCAACAACAGGCUGGAGUCCUUGUGCCUCAGUAUGACC